GAUCAGGCAUCCGUGCAAGCUCUGACGGGUCGUUUGCGCCGUCGAAAGCUUCGAGUUCGGCUUCUCCUGCUGUACUUACAACUCCACUUUCAAAUCCGAAAUUGCCCAAGGUCCAUGCACCUCUUCCUCCAGCUCAAACCAUGCUACAGGGCGAUGGCGAGCCUGAAGUUACCAAUACUUUUUGUCACCACUGCAGACGUACGCAAACCAGACCCAAGAUGCAAUGUUCCAAACGCCGUGCAGACCGGACGAUAUGCGGGAAACGGUUUUGCAACGGAUGCAUCCUGAACCGGUACCCCGAUAUAGUAUUUGCCCCCGAUAACAAGAACUUCGUCUGUCCGGUCUGCCUUGAUACCUGCAACUGCUCCAUAUGCUCACGGAAACGCGGGGAGGAAUAUAUUUCCAUGCGUGGAGGUGGAUUUGCAGGGUCUCGCACCAAGUCGGGCAUUUUGCUUGUGCCUGAUGAUUCCCGUGUCCAGGAUGUCACGAUGACACCUGAACCUCCCAAAAGUACGCCACAGACAAUGUUCUGGGCUCACGUUUAUGGUCUUGAAGGCGAACGCGUCGGCCGUGCAUUUAUCGACGACGCUAGCGCCUCUGCCCCCGUCCGACCCACACAACCGGUCAAACAGCGCGUCCAAAACGUGCAAUCGAAACAGAAAGUAAAAGCGAAGCUGAAGAAGAAGCCGAGGGUAUUCGUUGGAAUGCCUUUACGCGAGUGGAAGAUUCGCACAAUUAGGGAUCUCGAACCUAGCGCUGUGAUUCCGCCUUUCGUCCCGGGUGAAAACUACUCAGGGAAAGGGAAGGGUAGAGCUGUCGAACGACCGCGAGUUUAUAUCGGCGAUGCGAAGUGGUUGUAUGUGCCGUAUACGCGUAUGCCUGCCUCAUCAUACUCUUCGCGGGCAUCAUCGCCGGAUUCGGAAUUGGACUCGGACGGGACGUUGACUCCGUUGGAGGAUUUGGAAGAGGGGAUGGGGUGGCCGCAGCCUGAGGUAGGGGAAUCCGUGACCGUAACGUGGGGGUCGACGCGUGCGCAAGAACGGAGUGCGUCUAGUUCGUUCUCGGCGGACGAUUUGGCCAAGGCUAUUGGGGUUGCCUUGGCGGCGACGCGUGAGGACACGGUGGAGUGAUGAUAACGCAGUUGUUUUUGUGCAUAAUUUAGGGUUU